AUGUAUCAUCCAACCAGAGGAGGCGUUCGUGGCGGUCGAGAUCAAUUUACUUGGGAGGAUGUAAAAGUUGAUAAACAUAGGGAGAACUAUCUUGGACACAGUAUCAAGGCUCCUGUUGGAAGAUGGCAGAAAGGGAAAGAUCUUUUCUGGUAUACCAGGGAUAAAAAGUCCCGAAAUGCAGAAAUGGAAGCUGCAAAAGAAGAGAUAAAAAGAAUUAAGGAAGAAGAGGAGCAGGCAAUGAGGGAAGCACUUGGCUUAGCUCCUAAGCGUGCUAACCGUCCUCAAGUUAACCGCCUUGAUAAACAUGAGUUUUCAGAAUUGGUAAAGCGAGGGUCUACAGCAGAGGACUUAGGUGCAGGUCAUGCUGAAGCAGCAAGGGUCCAAGGUCUUGGUUUUUCAAGAGAACCACGCCCUUGGGAAGAACCCGGUUCUUCAAAGCUUUCAGUGGAUGAUGCACCAGCUGAGGUGGAAAAUGUAUCUCUUCCAAAUCAACCAGCAACGAAGACUGAAGAUGCUUCAGAAGAUGAAAGUCGAAGAAAGAGAAGACGUGAGGAGAGGAAGCAGGAGAAACAUGAAAAGCGUGAGAAGAUACAUUCUCGGGAGGAUAGGAAGCAAGAGAAGCGGGAGAAACAUGAGAAGCGGCAUUCUCGUGAUUCAGAUGACAGGAAAAGACACAAGAAAGAUAAGGAGAGGAGGAGACACGAUUCAGAUUGA